AUGUCCAAUAAUCAAGAAGAAGACAUAACCGAAGGACUUCGACCACCAAUGGAUCAGACCCUCCAAAUGCAAGCGAUGCUAGGGGAGAUGAGGCAUAUGUUAAGGGCUGAAUUAGAACCUAUUCAUGAGAGGUUGGAUAGGGUAGAAGCGGGAACUCCUAGGGGCCAGCAACAUGACAACCCCAAUAGGCAGCAAGGUGGGCGUGUUCCAUGGUGGAAUGUUGAGGAAGAGGCGGAGUCGGAGGAGGUUAAUGGGCUAUAUGUGAACCGAGGCAGGUUUGAGCAUGGGUAUGGGAAUAGAGAAGCAAGGAUGGGUAGGCCUAGGAAGGAUAAUGAUUUAGGAAACAUAAAGAUUAAGAUCCCAUCUUUUCAAGGUAAAAAUGAUCCUGAAGUUUAUUUGGAGUGGGAAACUAAAAUGGAGAUGGUGUUUGAUUGUCACAACUAUUCGGAGAUAAAGAAGGUUAAGUUGGGUGCAAUUGAAUUUAUUGAUUAUGCCAUUGUUUGGUGGGAUCAAUUAUUGAUUAAUAGGAGGAGGAAUAGAGAACCACCCGUGGACACUUGGGAGGAGAUGAAAAUGCUUAUAAGGAGGCGUUUUAUACCCAAUCACUAUUAUAGGGGAUUGUAUCAAAAGUUGCAGAGGUUAACUCAAGGGUCCAAGAGUGUGGAUGAGUAUUACAAGGAGAUGGAGGUAGCUAUGAUCCGGGCUAAUGUAGAAGAGGACCGGGAAGCCACCAUGGCUAGGUUCUUGCACGAUUUAAAUCGUGAGAUUGCGGAUAUAGUUGAGAUGCAGCACUAUGUUGAAUUGACGGAUAUGGUGCAUCAAGCCAUAAAGGUGGAGGAGCAAUUCAAACGAAAGGGAUUGGCUAGGAGGGGACAACCUAUGGCUACCACCAGUCCAUGGAAGACAACUCCAAAAAGGGACGAACGGCUACAAAAUAAGCCAAAAUUUGGACCAUCUAAGAGUGCCAACUCAAAGACCACUUUAGGUAACACCGAGGCUUCGAGUUCUAAAACACGUGAUAUUAAGUGUUUUAAAUGUCAAUGGCGGGGACACAUAGCCAGCCAGUGUGUAAACAAAAAGGUGAUGGUGAUAAAUGCUCAAGGAGAGCUUGAGUCGGAGAAUGAGGAAGAAGUAGAUGAUGAUGACAUGCCAUCUUUGGAGGAUGCCGAUGAUGAGAAGAAUGCUGUGGUUGGAGAUUUAUUGGUAGCAAGGAGUUUGAAGAUGUCCUUCCCGAAGAGAUACCUCAUGGUUUACCUCCAAUUCGAGGGAUUGAGCGUCAUUGAUUUCAUACCUGGUGCAUCAAUUCCAAACCGACCUGCUUAUAGGAGUAAUCCCGAGGAGACCAAGGAACUUCAGAGGCAAGUAGGUGAAUUAUUGGAAAAGGGGUAUAUGCGAGAAAGCAUGAGUCCUUGUGCGGUUCCAGUGUUAUUAGUUCCUAAGAAGGAUGGAACAUGGAGGAUGUGUGUCGACUACCGAGCCAUCAACAACAUAACGAUAAAAUAUCAUCAUCCCAUUCCUAGAUUAGAUGAUAUGCUGGAUGAAUUACAUGGUUCUUGUGUCUUUACAAAAGUUGAUCUUAAGAGUGGAUAUCACCAGAUUAAGAUGAAGGAAGGUGAUGAAUGGAAAACUGCUUUUAAGACUAAAUAUGGUUUAUAUGAGUGGUUAGUAAUGCCUUUCGGUUUAACUAAUGCUCCGAGCACAUUUAUGCAUUUGAUGAACCAUGUUUUACGUGCAUUUAUUAGCAGAUUUGUAGUUGUGUAUUUUGAUGAUAUCCUAAUUUAUAGCAAAAAUUUGGAAGAACAUGUAAUGCAUUUGAAAUCUAUUUCGGAAAUUCUAAGGAAAGAAAGGUUGUUUGCUAACCUCAAAAAGUGCACCUUUUGUAUGGAUAAGCUUGUGUUUCUUGGUUUUGUUGUUAGUAAAGGAGGAAUUAAGGUGGACGAGGAAAAGCUGAAGGCAAUCUAA